ACAUAUUUUCUGUCGCUCAAUACUUGCUAGUCAAAUGGUAUCCUACAUAUUUUCCGCAAAGUUUUUGAGGAUCAACGAAGAGAAAGUAAAAUUAUUUCUUCUCGUGAAGUGUAUUGAAAUAUAUUCAUGUUUCGUACAAGAUGUAAUUCGAAUUUAUAUUUUAUAUUGGUAAUUCGAAAACUAUGACAACGAUACAAAUAGUACUGGCACCAUUAUUGAUCAUCGGUUCGUUCUGCAGGUUUAUUUCGAAUAUCCUCUUGGACAACCUAGACCAUAUAUUACUUGUCUGUAUUUCUUAAUCACAUGGAGCUUUUUUGUAUAUAUUUUUUACUAUUUAGUUUAUACUAGUUAUACUCUAUUUCUAUUCAUGUCCUGGCCUAGUGUGAUAAUAAUGAUCACAGCGAUUAUAUCAAUGCUUAUUAGCUUGUUUCGUUUCAAGGAAUUAAAAAUGUGUUUACAUAAACUGUCUAUAGUGGAUGAUACAUUGGAAAUACUGGGAAUGCCAAAAGAAUACCAACGAUUACAUAAUUGGAUAAUUCGAACAAUAAUAGGAUGGAUUUUAUUAUCACUUCUUUUAAACAUGUUUGAUAGUUUUUGGUUAAACUACGAAUAUUUCAGCAUCACUCGUAUCUUUGUUCCAUUUGUAGGAAAUCAUUUGCUCCAUGUUAAUACUCUUAAUGGUUUGAUAUGGGGAACUAUUUUAGGAUACACAGGUUCUAGAUUUCAGCGAGUUAACGAUUAUAUUCAUAUACUUUACUCUGAUUUAUAUAAAAAUAAUACAGAAUAUAUCAUAGAACAAGAUAGACUUACCUUAGUCAAUCAGCAAAAAAUGAAAGCCAAGGAAUACAAACAAUAUAUGUGGAUUAUAAUGUAAAUUUUUUAAAGAAUUUUAUAUACAAAUAUACAAAU